CAACUGUCGGUAGUCCAUUAUCGUCAAAAGGAAAUCUGAAUUUUCAAGGAGAGAAAUUCGUCGGCGACAUUCCUAUGUUUUGUAAAUUCACAAUAUUCACUAGUUUUGAUAAAAUUUCAAACAUUCCGUCCCCCGCACAUAUUUUUGUCCGUCCGCACACGAUUAGUUACGCGUUUAUAGCUAUGAGAUAAUAAGUGUUUAUGAGCGUGGUGCGCUCAAAUAAGUAUAGUGAAGACCCGUUCAGUAGGCAUAAUGACGCGUCCCGGCCCUCCCAGCGAAAACCUUCCCACUGUUUGAUUUGCAAUUUUAAGUGAACCAUGGUGUCCAUAUUCAAAGACUGUGAUUCUGUGAAGCUGGUGGUGGUGGGGGACGGAGGUGUCGGUAAGAGCGCUAUCACCAUUCAGUUCUUCCAGAAGCUCUUCGUCACCGACUACGAUCCUACCAUUGAAGACUCCUACAUACAACACACAGAGGUCGACGGACAAUGGUGUAUACUUGACGUACUGGACACGGCCGGCCAGGAGGAGUUCAGCGCCAUGAGGGAGCAGUACAUGCGGAAGGGGGACGGCUUCCUACUGGUGUACUCCGUCACCGACCAACAGAGCUUCCAGAAUAUAAGACACUUCCACACACAGAUCCUGAGAGUUAAGGACAGGGAGACGUACCCCAUGCUAGUGGCGGCCAAUAAGGUGGACCUGGUGCACGCGCGGGCCGUCAGCGAGGAGGCGGGGCGGGAGCUGGCACGCGCGCUCGGGGCGCCCUACAUCGAGACCUCCGCUAAGGAACCGCCGCUCAACGUCGACAGAGCCUUUCAUGAGCUGGUCCGAAUAAUCCGCAACCAUCCUCAGCGGGAAGAGAAGAGAGUCCGCGGGACCAAGUGCGGGCAGUGCUCGCUGCUGUGAGACGCGCUCUCACACACACACACAUACAGAAACAAAAACAGUCGACCAGCUGGCCUGCGGUCUCCACCUGCACUACUGACUGAUGUGGUUUUUCUUCAACGCGAGUGCGGCUCAGGCUCGGCGCCCACACAUACAGUCUACAGAUAGCGUUACUAGCAUUCAAGUUACUAUUGGAGUAGUUUCCGAGUCAGGUUGUAGUUUCGGGCUCGUCAGUCCUUCGGGUCCGGUCGAGUCUCUGAGGGUCUCGUCGGGUCUCGUCGGAUCUUGUCGGGCGUCGUCGGGUUCCGACGACAACUGUCGGACGUACAACUAUAUAAGUAGGGCGGUCGAGGAGCACAAGAAAUAAUAUACAAGUGAUAAUAGAUGGUCUACAAGAGAUGUUAUAUACAGCACACCGAGAACAGAUUAUAUUUUAUAAGAGUUUAGUGCUUGUUGAUGUUGAUACGGAGGCGGCGAGGCGGCGGCCGGGGGCGGCAGCUGACCUCGGGACCUCAUACAGACGAGUAUGACACGACAGAUGUCGCUGCAUGUACCAAAGACCAAAACGCUGAAUAUUUAUACAGAGCCCGUUGUUUAUUUAUGUUCUUUUUGUUUCCCUGUUCCCGGUUGUUUUUUAAUAAGCUCCGUCUUCCCGGGAAUCUUUUUCUCAGCUUCUGUGCCACCGGAACACGGAUCAUUUCGUUAUUAGAUCUAUUGAAUGUUAUUUCUAAGAGAUAUUUACGAAUUCGUAUUAAAUUGUAUAACAAUGUAUGUAAAAACCCCAUAGUGUUAGUGUUAAGCUAAGUUCGACCUAAUGCUAGCGUGAUAAGGUUACUUCUCGAAGUGGCGUCGAUCGUUUUGUUACAAUAUAUUUUUAUACUCGUCGACAUUAACCCGUCAGACGAAACACGGGAAGAGACGAACAGAACACGACACAAACGUUGAGCUGGACAGGUUACUGUUCAUUGUUCGGGUUCAGGUCAAAGUCACUCUUUCCUUGCUUCGCGCGGGCAGUAUUAAACGACUUCCUCCAGGGAAGGCCUCGUUUCACAGUAUUUAUUUCAUAUUCAUGUCCAGUGACUUGAAUAACUCUGCUGAGCGCCAACUAUCUGUUGGCGCACAAAGCUGCUUCAUUACUAUGAAACCUUUCCUAACAUUAUCUGUUAACGGUCGACAUCUGGUUUGUUUGCGGCCGUUCAAUGAUCGCCUAGCGUCGUUAUAUUUUUAUAAACAAAGAAACAAGGAUUUUAUAUGAAUACGUUAAAAUAAUAUUGAGUCAGCAAUAUGUGAGAGACGACCCGGCGGCCUCGGGCCGGACUGUUCCCGGGAUGCUGUCUUGUAGAAACACGCGUGUGUGACGCGAGCCGUUCCCGGGAACGAGCGACUCUGAUCGCCGCCGGUGCUUCAAGACUCGAACCAAGAAAGGCUGAUAUUGCAUCAUAACCAAAGUAGGUAGCUUAGGAUCGGCUGGCGUGGACCUCGGGCGGCCGCUGGGGAUUGAACAACGAGGAAUCGCCACUACAACGCUGACCUCCCUUCAGCGCCCAGCGGCCCUGAGCGUCCACAUCGCCCUAUGUAAUAAGAAGUAGAUGAAUUUGUUCGUGUAACGACAAGGAAUUGAAAGUAUGUUAAGUGUUCCAGUUAGUUUAGUUAUAUGACGUAGGUUAAACGACAGCUAACUCAUUAUUAUAUUGAUGACGUGUUGACGGAGGACAGAGGAGUGGGGAGGGGGCGUGUCCGGACAUGUCGCGUUACAGACAGAACAUACUUAUUAAAAUUCAUAAAUUGUAAACGUCUCUAUCUAUACCAAACCUAUUAUUUCGUUCCUUUGUUUGUUUCUACUGCGUUGCUUUCUAUAUGUGAACAUUUCACUUGUCUGGAGCCAAAGUUAUUUUUAGCUCGCGGGAAUACCUGUUGCGUGAACCUGUCUCCAGCUGACUGAUUUAUAUCAAGUUGUUUUUGUGUGAUUAUUGUUCCAUAUGCUUCAUUUGAAAUAAUAUUCAUGGAGCGGAAGUCUAACCGGAACAAGCGUCCCGUAAUAUGUAUUCAAAUUACAGAGGACAUGGUUGACAUUUUUUUUAAGGAGUUAAGGAAGCUGUUUUGUAAUGGACAUGUCUAUUAAAUAUCACAUUUCACAUUCCGCUGUCGGCAGACGCGUAUCCUGUGACGACCAGCUCAAGGAUCUUAUGUUGUUAGAGGUCUGGAGGUGGGGGUCCGGACCGAGCUGUAGGUACCUCGCAAAGGGCACAUUUAAUAAAUGAAUUAUAUCGUGUUA